GACGCUGCGGUCGCGUCCCAAGUGUAUCUCUGUAUCUCUCGCUGUCGUUAACGUUUUUAGAGAGUAUCUCGCGUGUGAAUAUACAGUGAUGGAAUACAAUGACGGAUUGCAGUGACGGAUUGCAGUGACGGAUUGCAGUGACGGAAUGCAGUGACGGAUUGCAGUGACGGAAUGCAGUGACGGAAUGCAGUGACGGAAUGCAGUGACGGAUUGCAGUGACGGAUUGCAGUGACGGAUUGCAGUGACGGAAUGCAGUGACGGAAUACGUGCGAGUGAUGCUGUCAGUAGUAUUUUGUAUACACGUGUGAAUCACGAGUGCUUUGUCUGGUGCGUUGGAGUACCGGCGAUCCGGAGCUCCUGGUGUGCUCCGUGGAGCGUCGAGCAAGGAGCAGCCGCCGUUCUAGCCCGGAUAUUUUGCUCCACGUACAGCCUACAGCUCUAAAUACAGCCAGGAAUGCCAGGAUACGUGUGCAAGGAUCAUCGCCAGACUCCUUUACAAAGGGCGCUGGAGUUUAAAAAUACAGGAAAUGUGUAUUUCAUAGAGGGAAAAUAUGAUGAAGCUAUUGCUCAGUAUAAUAAAGCAAUCGACAUUUGUCCGAGAAUGAAGGAGACCGCGACUUUUUAUCAAAAUAGAGCGGCUGUGAAUGAGCAAUUGAAAAAAUAUAGUGAUGUAAGGGCAGAUUGUACAAAAGCGUUAGAAUUAAAUCCAAGAUAUAUGAAAGCUUUGCUACGUCGGGCACGUGCUUCAAAGCAAUUAGGGGACUUGGAAGCCGCCUGGGACGAUGUGACUACCGUGUGCACCAACGAGAAUUUUUCUAAUCAAACUUGUAAUGCCAUGGCAAGCAAGAUCUUGAAAAAACUUGUAAAACAAUUUGUCCAGGAAAAUUUGACAAACAAAAAAUUUAUAAUGCCAAGUAAAGAGUUCAUCAGAAAGUACACUUCAUCCUUCCCUAAUGAUCCAGUAUUUUCGAGACUUCAAAAACCAGAAAAUAUUCCAGAAUUUCUCAGGAAGCCACUACGAGCGUUAAAAGACAAGAAAUACGAUGAUAUAAUACCGUUGUGCACGAAAAUCAUUAAAAAACCCGAAUUUGAUACCUUACCUUCAACUAAACUAGAGGUGCUAUUGUUACGAGCUACAUUUUACGUAUUGUUGGGAAAGUACGAUUCUGCAAUCCAAGAUUUUGAAAGAAUAUUGAGUAGCGAAGACGCAUCCGAUGACGUGAAGACAAACGCCCUAAUAAAGAGAGCAGCCUUAUACACGAAUCUCGAAAACUUGGAAAUGGCUUUUAAAGAUUUUGAAUUAGCCAUUAAUAUGAAUCCAAGUUAUAGUGAGAUCUACUACUUCAGAGGAGCGGCAUACUUGACAAUGAACAAAUUCGACGAAGCCAAGCACAAUUUUGACAAGGCCAUUGAAUAUGAUCCAAACUUCUGCAUUGGAUAUAUGCAAAAAUAUUACUUUGAGUAUCAUAUGAAAGAAAAAUGUAAUCUUUUCAGUACAAAUGUAUUAGCUGAAGAAGUUGCAAGAGCCUUUGAAAAGUAUCCAAAUUCUUCUGGACGUGCAUAUUGUUAUACAAUGUACGCUGAGAUACUGAUUCAAAAUAAACAGUACGAAGACGCUGACACUUAUCUCGUUAAAGCAAUAGAGAAAGAUCCAGAGAACGCACUUAUCCAUGCGCACAGAGCCGAACUGCUAUUGCUUUGGGAUGACAUUGAGAAAGCUAAGGAACAUUUAAACAAAGCAUUAGAUUUGGAUGAGAAAUGCGAGCUAGUACAUGUACUGUUAGGACGUAUCGCAGUACAAGAAGGAAAGCUGGAAAAAGCAAUAAGAUUAUUUGACAAGGCUGUAGCAUUAUGUCCUAUACAUUAUGUCUCACAAACAUCCACGGAAGAAAUGACAGACACAUUCUACUUAAGAGAGAAUGCAAAAUUACAACUUAAACUAAAGAAACUAAAGAAGAAAAUAAUAGAUAUUAAUAAUAUUUUCCCACCUUGUGGACAUUUGUAAAUUUGAGAUUUUAAAAAACAUUAAAAAUAAAAGAUCAUUACUAAAGUGCAAGAAUAAAAUUUUAUUAGCAUAUCUUUGGAUAUAAUACACGCACAAAGUAUCCAAAAAACUAAAAUAUGCAUAUCGCUUGCAUUAUUGUAAUCAUAUUUUAUAUUGAAAGAUUUAGUUUGUGUAAUGAUAUUUUAUUUUUAACUGGUCUAUGACCUACAAAAAAGUUAAGUGAAACAAUGUUACUAUAUUUACUAUUACAUUAUCGAAUAUGUUAGCAACAGAAGUUUGUGAAUGAAUAUUUAGAUUUGCUGGUUUAUUAUUUUUUUAUAUGAUUUCGUGUUUGCAAAUAUUAAAAUUUGUUCGUUUAAGUAACUUUAAUAAUAAAUCAUUUAAUUUCUGAAGAGGCUGGAGUAUGUCAAUUAGUAUAUUAUUUUUACUUAGAAUAGUUAUUACAUUAGCUUAUUAUUGAAACUUGAUAAAAAAUUGUAUUUUUAAGCAAUUAUUUUCAGUUAUGUUGUAUGAAAGAUUUGUAAUAAGAGUUUAUAAAAAACUUUAAAAAGCUUUUAUUUUAUGGUUAUUCUUUAGUUAUUUAAUCUUGUGUACAAAGAAAAUAAAAGUAUUAAUACAUUA